CAGGUGCUGGGGGCGCUGGGCCUGGCGGGCGGCGCGGCGCUGGCCCGCACCAAGCGCUCCGAGGAGCCCUUCCACAUCAUCAAAGACUGCAUCACGGUGACGAGCGAAAAGGGCGAGUUCUUCCACAAAGCGCCGACGACGAGGGCGCCGUGUGCGGCGUGUACUUCCUCACGGACCCCGACCGCGUCAUCGAGCUGCACUUCGACUACCUGGACGUGCCCUGCACAAGGCGGUGCCUCGUCUCGUUCGUGGACGGGUGGGAGCUGAACCGGCAGUUCUUCCCCAGCCCCGAGGACCACCCGAAGCCGCUGCACCUGCGCUACCGCGAGUUCUGCGGGCAGCGGCGCGUCAAGGAGAUCUUCACGUCGUCGCAGAACGCGGCGCUGGUGCAGUUCCGCGUGCCCUCGCGCGCGCGCGGCUUCAGCUUCACCGUGCGCUUCCUCAAGAACUCCACGCCGUGCAACAUCCUCCUGGAGGGCACUUCGGAUGUGUACACGCUGCGUAACUACGGCAAACACGUCAACUGCUCGCUGACGACGCUGUUCCCGGCCAACGUGAAGGUGCUGCAGCUGAGCGUGGGCAUGGCCAGCGCCAAGCGGAACCUCGAGCUGGAGACCGGCACCAUCCACAGGUGCGAGAAGCGCGGGAUGCCCGACUACGUGGAGCUGGGCGGCGCCGAGGGCCUCGACACUUCGCAGCUGAACGUGGCCGACUCCAUCUGCGGCACCGACUCCAAACCUGGGAGCACCGUGGAGACGAUCCUGUGCGGCGUGAGCGCGGUGCGCCUGGUGUCCAGCGGCGAGUUCGACAACGCCGUGACGGUGGCCGUGCGGCAGGCGAGCGAAGACGACAUCGACGCCGCCUCCGUCGUCUGCAUCGGGAACACCUCAAAGACGAAAGGAACACCCAGGGCAGAUCGUUUCUUCCGGGAACGGGGCGUGAUUGCCACUAGAGACGUCGAGGGGCUGAAAGGAGUCUCGCUGCCGCGAAUAGGGAAACCUUCCGCUUUAAAACCUCAUCAUUCCUUUGAAGAGAUGCGCACAUUCGCUCCAGCCCUCGUAACUACAUUGUGCGCGCUCAAUCUUCUGUGCUUCAAAACAUACGUCGAAAUACUUGCUAAGCCAAACUGUUCUAUUCUAUAA